UCUCGGGAGUGCGGUCGGUUACCGCGUAAACUGUAGUAUCGGCUAUAGACCAGAUUCGGUCGGCGUUUCGCGUCAGUUUCCAUAUCCGCGCUGGGAGAUUAAAGAUCUGACAAGUGAACUUGACUUGGCCACAAAUCAGGCCUAAUCCUUGCGACAAACCUUAAUUAAACCUGGCUAGUUAAUUAGCAGCCGUAGCUUAAUUUCAACUUUAAUAAAAGGCAAAACCUAAAGACCAAGUUCCGAAACUAAAUCAACACAAAUAACGGUUCAUUUGCUGAACAAACGGAACUGCGUGGACUCCACCAUCGAUUCCUGUGUGUGCCGGAGUCCAGUGCGUGUUAGUUAUUGUGUGUGGCAGUGAACCCUGUAACAGAUUUCAUUUAUUGGCGCCCAGCACCUGAUUUGAAUAUCCACACAGACCAGCCCCGGAGGAGGAUCCCUCCGCCAAAUACUGGACCAGAUUGUGUGCUUUGUGGUCGCCCCCGUGUGCCAGUGCCAGUUUCCAUCAUGAUUUACAGCCGGUCCUGCAGCCGGAGUGAUGUAAAGUGACGAUUCCUGCUAAUUUUCGAUUUACAUGCCGCUGUGGGUGUGACAGACGACUGUGCCGAAAGUUCAAUCAACCCACACAAGAGGGAUAGCGUAUCUACAGGAAAGAUGCUGUUCAAGUGGCUGCUGUUCAGCCUGUGCAUAAUGCCGGCGAUGUUCAGCAACACGAGGAGGAAAUGCCCCACUGAAUGCCAAUGCAGCGUGGACGACUUGGAUCGUUAUCAGGCCAUCUGUACAAAAGGUGGCCUGAACUCCUUGCUCUCCGCCAACGAGCUGGACAUCGAUGUCAAGGUUAUUGUCAUCGGAGGGCCCCGCAACUCCAUUACGAUUGGCCCGGCCCUGAGGCAGUUCAUGAAGCUGGAGAUCCUGCGGAUAACAGACUCCAACCUGCCAGCCAUCGGAGCAGAGUCGUUCUGGGGCCUCAAAUAUCUGCGGAUAUUAGAUCUGUCGAAGAACAACAUUACAAACAUCACGGAGAACAACUUUCGCGGCCAGGAUAAUUUGAUUGAAUUGGAUUUAUCAAAAAAUAAAAUAUUACGCAUGGCCAGCUCGACUUUUCGCCAUCUGACGGAUCUGCGACGUCUUAAUUUGGCCGAAAACUCGAUUGUGGAGCUCGUGCAGCGCAACUUCUUCAUGCUGAGCAGACUCAAGUAUCUGGACCUGAGCGGAAAUCCGCUCCAGGAUUUACAGCCGGAUGUGUUUCGCGAUGUGCCGGAACUCAAAGUACUCAAGUGCCGCAAUUGUCAGCUGAAAAAAAUCAAUCCGCAGAUGUACAAUUUAUUGCCGCUUUUAAGCGAAUUGGAUUUGGGACGCAACGAGUUUAAGUUCCUAGACAAGGACGAGUUCAGGGAUGUGAAGCGACUCACCAAAGUUCUUCUGGAUGGCAAUCAAUUGUCCGUGGUGGUGGACCAACUCUUUCGGAUGCAGAAGAGUCUUAAUCAUUUGGAUUUAUCGUACAAUCGGCUGGCCAAAGUGCCCAAUGACUCGUUUCUUCAGCUGACUAAUCUGACAUUCUUGGAUCUGUCCUACAACAAAUUGGUGCGUCUCGAGCCGCAAUCCAUAAGGAGUUUAAGCAACCUGCAAACCCUCAACAUAAGCGGCAACGUGCAAAUGGAUCUCAGGGAAAUGAGAGAAACCUUCGAGCUCAUACCCCAACUAACCCAUCUGGCCAUUGCGGAUAUGGGUCCAAUGCCUGUUGGCCUACUGCACCCCUUCAAGCAGCUGAGGUAUCUCAACAUCUCCGGCAAUUCGUUGAACAACACAGCCCUGGAGGUCAUAGAUCCCUGUCGGGAGCUGGAGUUUUUGGAUUUAUCUCGGAAUCAAUUACACGGCAUCAGCGAGGACACAGCCCUCAGAAUCCAAGGCAUACGAAACGUGCGACUCGACAACAAUCCUCUGAUAUGCGAUGAAUGUCACAUGGGAAAAUUAAUAAAUGUCGUCCGCCAAUUGCAAUGGAAAUGGGAUACGUAUCCCAUUUGCUUUUUGCCCAAGAGCCUGCGCGGUGCGGAAAUAAAUAAUUUGGACAUUAACGGGCUGCACGAUUGCCUAACUUUCAUCACCGACGAAGAGCAGAAUGCCGCCAGCACUUCCUAUAACUUUCUUGAGCACGGCGGUCUCAAUACUCUGGCCAUUUUGGGUGGCAUCAUCUUUGUGCUAAUUGCCGUCAUUAUACUGUCCCUGGUUGCCUGCUUUUCAAAAAAUCGCGCUCGUUACUACACUAGAGAGGACCACUUAAACGGCAGCGAAAGUAAAUGCCUGGAAAAGAAUCUGGAGGCUGCCACUAUAACGACGUUGGGAAAUGGGAGCUCGCCCACAACCACGACCACACUGACCCUGGCUACGUCCCCCGCGACAGCCCCAGGAGCUGAAGCAGAAACAAACGCUGGGGCUAAGACGAAUGGCCAGAGUCGGAGCAACGGCAGCACUCCUGUUCACACAGGAGUCUCCGUGGAGGAAAAGGGCAAGGAGAUUAAUUUUACUUUUCCAGUCGACGAUCGCGUCUGCACCAUUGACGAUAUGAUGCUGCCUCCUGCCCCGCCGCCGCCCCAAUUGGCCCAGCAUCACCCGAACAUGGGCAGUUUGAUGUACAGCGUGUCACAUUCACCCGGCUCGGCCACAACCCUGGCCGCUGUGGCCGCGGCAGCGACGGUCCUGCCUCCCGGUGCCCCUUCCCAGGCCGGCACAGCCCUGCCGCUACCACUGCCCACCCCAGCCGAGGCUGUAGUGGUGGUGCUGCCACCGCCUCCGCCACCGUCGUUACACCACCAGCUGGAUGGCAGCCUCGCCAGCCUGCGGGACGUGCAGCAGCAGCUGGUGCAUCUGAGCAGCACGCUGGAGCCGCUGGUCAGCGUUAACUGACCCAGGGGUGCGCCGGGACUCGCCAGCUCCUCGUUCUCCACCUCGUCGGCAGCGACAGCCGCAGCUGCAUCAGCAUUAGCAUCCCAGAACUGCAAGUUUGCCCAGCAAACAUUGAGCACGACACCGACGUAAGCCGCAGGAGAUUUGAACGAAUAAACCGACGGAACGGCCAAAUCAGGUCCUGCCGACGACCGCCAGGGCGUAUAAUUAAUGGCGAUGCGGGGUCAUACUGGAGUGCAGUAAUUAGGAUUUGAGUUUGCAAUUGAGUUCAUUAAUCACUCGCGAGCCGCUAGUUGCGACUCCCCAUUCGAUCAUCAUCAUCAUGGCCCAAAAUUAUUUCAUACUGCCAUUUUGCAAUUAAAGAACUUUACCAGUGUUUCACUAUAAGAUACUUGUAAUUUAAUUUUAACAUUUUUUAUAUGCGAAACUUGUAUAGAAAGGGAUAACAAAACUUAUUUUGGCACAUUUCAAAUGUGAUAAAAAAAUAAAACGAAAACCAAGCGUAUUCUGUACAUAAGUAUUAACUCAUAAGUAAGCGAAAAAGGUAAACAAUUUGUACUAUAUAUUUGGCCAAUGCGAUUCAAAAUUGAGCAGCCGCUGUUUGAGAAUUUAAAAGUAAACAUAAAAUAAAGAUAGCACGUAGUUAGAGGCAUAGAUUUCCCAUACACAUAUAACAUUUCAAUGUAAGGCAUGGAAAGAAAAUAAGAAAAUCUAUAUGGUUAAACCCCAAGGAGGAGAAGCUCCAACAAUCAUUUGAAAAGAGCCCACUAGAAACCCAAGCGAUCUAAUUUGUUUUAUUUCCUCGAAUCAUUAACAAGAGAAGUUGGCAUUUUUAAUAAAUAAUCAUAAGAUGAAACAUUGUAUUUAUUUUACACAGCAAUAACCGAAUAAUUCCAUAAUAAAGUGUGACUGUUUAUGAA